AUGAUGCUACAAAUUCUUCUAAUUUUUACCUAUCUUCUGGGGAUUACUGUAGCCGCCGACUGCGCGGAGUACAAAACGUGUUCAAGUUGUGUGAACGGGACAGUCGGUUGCGGAUGGUGCCUGGAAGAGAACAAAUGCUCGACGUCGGCCGAUUGCAAAACGGUGUAUUUUCUAAAGGACGAACCAAGCAACUGUCCCCGGCAGCCCGACCCAAAUUUCCCAUUCAACGAGACCUUGGCCCGGAAUUGGGUCCUGCCUCUCUGUGCUGCUGCCUACGGCACCGAACCGAAUGUUUGCAUACAAAAGCACGUACCGACCGCCACCUACUACGACCGCGUCGAAGUGGUGUGCGACGAGUUCAAGAAGCUCGGCGACAACUGCUCAGCUUACACCUCCUACGACAAAUCCCUUCAACAAAUUAUCGUAACCUUCCGUGGGUCAGCUGGCAAAUACGAGAUGUUCAUCGAGUUUUUGAGCAUAGUAAAUCAUAAAGACGACUUUUUCGGCACGGGCAAAGUGUACGACUACUUCCACACGGCAUUCCUCAAAAUAUGGCAACCACAGUUGCAGACACAAUUCCGGGCAUUAAGGAAGGUUUUUCCGGGCUACAAAGUGCUGGUAAUUGGCCAUUCGCUUGGUGGGGCCUUGGCAGCGCUGGGAGCCGCUUAUAUUGCAAAAGUUGAGGGAGUACCCGGAAAGGAUAUACGGCUAAUCACAUUCGGCGAGCCGCGGGUUGGCGAUAAGAAUUUUGCCGAUUAUUUGGAGACUACGAUACCAAGCUCUUAUCGGGUCGUCCACCAGCUUGACCCGAUCCCACGUCUUCCGCCCAAACUCUCAAUUUUUGACAUGGUGCACCAUCGGACGGAACUGUGGUAUCAAAACGACAUGACACCCGGAAAGAAAUAUGAUAUCUGCCCGUAUCAGGAUUUGGAUGGGACCUGUGCGAAUACAAAACAGGCAUGGGUGUUUGGCGAUCACACCUCCUACUACCAUCCGCCUGCAGCGAUUCCCGCCUGGGGUAGGGGUGGAUGU